AUGCCUCUCGAACGCUCUUACUCGGCCGACGUCCUCAAGUGCGGCGACGCGAGGUGUCCGACUCGCCACGGGCGCCCAUAGCCAUGGACCAAGUCAUGAUCGCAGAUCUUUCAGCAAUGCGCUGCGGGUGACACCUCUCUCGUCUUCGUGCAAGACACAUCGGCCUUCUCUGCCAUCUCUCAGCCGCGCAAUACCUCAUCAAGCAUCGCCGACUGCGCAAGCCAAGCGAACCAUCUUCAUCCAGACCGAGGACACACCUAAUCCGGAUGCUCUCAAGUUUCUACCAAACCAUUCAGUACUGCCCGAUGACAUUCCUUCGACAUUCCUGGAAUAUCUGUCUCCGCGCUCUACCCUCGCGCCUCCUCACCCGUCACCUCUUGCGGCGAAUCUCAUGAACGUGGACGGAGUGAGCAGUGUAUUCUACGGAAAGGACUACAUCACGGUGACCAAAGACAGCUCCACGCCAUGGGUGCACGUCAAGCCUGAGGUCUUCAGUCUUAUCACAGAAGCCGUAACGAGUGGUCAGCCGAUUGUCAAUACAGUGGAGAACAAGACCGGAGAGGAGGGACAGGGGAGCUCUGUCGGUCAGGACCAAGCCUCCUACGAUCCUGAGGACGAGGAGGUGGUGGGGAUGAUUCAAGAGCUGCUCGAGACACGUAUCCGACCGGCAAUCCAGGAAGACGGAGGCGAUAUUGAAUUCCGAGGCUUCCACGAUGGUCAGGUGUUGCUGAAGCUCCGGGGAGCGUGCAGGACAUGCGACAGCAGUACCGUCACACUCAAGAAUGGGAUUGAAAGCAUGUUGAUGCAUUACAUUGAGGAAGUCAAAGGCGUACAGCAAGUGAUGGACCAAGAAGAAGAGGUGGCCAUGUCUGAAUUCGCCAAGUUCGAAGAAAAGCUUCGAGCUCAGAAGGGCGAAGCUCCGCCAACGAGCCCCGGGCCGGGCAGUAUCGAUACCGUAGGAGCAUGAGAUGUACCGCCGAACUACAGUUCAUGAUGCAGCAUUGAUGAUAAGCAUGUUUCCAAUCAUGUGAAGCGGUGGUUGGUGAUCUUCAUUAUCUACUGGAGGUCUGGAUCGCGCUCUCUGGGCAUCACAUUGUAGCAGUAAGCAUUCGAUCGGGCUGGACCUGGCGGGUACGCGGUUGGAGACACGGUAGUUUUUGCGCGGUAGGUACGUGGGUGAUGGUGAUCCUCCAUCUUGUGAUCGCGUGUUGGACAAGGAUCCGGAAUCUGGUACAGACGCGGCUGUCCCAGAAGGCAAGUUGUACUGUAUGUAAUAUUGAAAGCAGGCAACAUCGAAUAUGUCGAGUUGUCUACUGUGUACAAACCUGAUCUUCCUCUCCAAAACGUCCCUUUGAGCGAUCAUCUUCGGAAGAGUGAGGACUUCGGAGCGUGACCUCGACUUCCUCUCAUCGCCGUCGCGCGGUUCUCCUAUACUACUAUCGAGACGUCGCCACCAUCCAAGCAGAAUACGCAAAGCGCAGAGGCCGCAUGCAGGAGUCCGAAAAGGCAUUCCGCAUUUCCCCUAAGAGGCCCGGAACCCACCGAACAAGGACGAAGCCAAGUCUGUUUCUGCAUCGCGCAGAGUCGAAUACGGAAAAGCUUGUGAAGGCAUGCUUCUGGGAGACGGCUAACGGUGAAUGCAGCGAUGAUCUGUGGCGUCUGCUGCAGCGUCGGAUUGCAGCGAUUCCUCUGUCGGCCGUCGGACUGAGUCAGACAGUUGAGCGGAGCGACGUGACCUCCUUUUGACGGCUGUGGCGCAGGUGAUGCAGAGGUAGCGGACGUCCUUACGCCAGACUACGGAGUGGUACGGAGCGGAUGGAGGUACCGACAAAGCUCUGCCCAAGCAUCAAGCCUCGUAGCAGAAUACGACCAAACUCCCUGCCUAUGCAGGAGCUCUUGCAUUAUAGCGUGUCCUCGAUAAGCUUCUGAAAAAUUCAGCUUGCCAGCGGAGAGGUGUUCCUUGUGUCGUUGUAGUAUGAAACUUCGACGUCCGCUCGUGGCUACUGGUUAGUGGUUUCACUGGGCCGACGGUGAGUUGGAACCAAAGCAAGUCAACAAGUGUCGUCGGAUUGCGAACGGUGUCCAGGCGACACAACCUAAGUGAAAGUCUAAAAAGAAAGGUCAAAACUCUGGGACCCUUUGACGCAGGAGUUUGGUGCGUGACGGCGAUGAUCUCCCGUAGAAAUAGAGAGCGUGCCGCGCUGUGCAGAUUGCAGCGGAGCCCAGUCUCGGAGUUUGCAUUUCAUGGUGGAGGAGCCCGAAGACGUCAGUCCGAAGCAUUCUGCAUUCUCACAUAUCUUGCGUUGGACCUACGAAGAAGACGAUCGUUCGCAACUGUGGCCGAGAAGUUCGUCGAAGGUUGAAUCUGGUGGACUGGGGUCAAAUGGCUGCUACCGCAGAUCCUCCACCGUCAAUGGUAAGAUAUUGCCCACUCCCCACACCCUGGGUAAGACAAUGAAUCGCAAAUUCAUGCUGAUUCGCACUUUCCUGCGCAGCCUGUGCCUGUUCACAGAAGCAUUGUCAGCGGAGACAGGAAAAGGCCAAAAUCAAGAGAUGUUGUAGAUGUAGCACUGCUGUGCAGCAGGUUAGAGGCCCACAAGCGAGAGCAGGACGCCGCACGAGUCCGCAAAGAAAAACGAGAGGCAGUCCGAAAUGGUCGUUAUGUCCCAAGAAGCGCUGCUAAGUCCUUUGCGGCCACCACGUCACUUUCCAUGAAAGAUGUGACCAAUUUGGUCAAGGAGCGAAAGCAUCAAUCCGACACGGUCCUAAUCACAGCCGAGCCACUCUCGAUAGACGGAAAGAUGUGCAUUCCUUCCGAGCAGCUCUAUUCUGCCCUCAAAGGCAGUUCCCAGACCGAGCGCGCCGUCAGAAUGGGCAUCAUGGGCGAAGCCAUCGAUGAGAAUGUCCCGGACCCUAGCCCGUCAACACAGUGCAACACAAUAAACCCGUCUACGCGACACAGCACGACUAGUGUGGGACGAAGGGAUGGUUCUCCUGCGAAGUCGAUCAAGUCGCAAAAAUCUAACAAGUCAACCAAGUCGAAUGUACCAACCCUCGCAGAGCGGCGAGGUUCUCCAAAAGUUGCUGAGCUGGUCCUGUCAAUGGAGAAGAAGAUGGAGUACGCGAAGAUGCCAGAGACCCAGAUUCUUGCGGAUUUCGAAGGCUGGGACACGACCGAGGCUGAAAAGCGCCACUCUGAGGCAAGCGUGAGGAAGGACUCUCUAGAGCUGGAGAGGCGACGUGCUUCGGUCAAAUCCGAGAAGCCGAGCUCGAUCAAGGCUGAACCGAAACGUGAUGCCACGAUCCCUGCAGCCAAUGACAACAAUCCAAAGCCGAGAUCCAACUCGCCAGGCAGGUCGGUAUUCGGUCGGAGACGACCUUCUUCGGACAGAGGCGCGAGGGUCAGGGCAGCGAAACCAAGCAACGCCUCGCCAGCCCGUGGAAGGCCUCAAUACCGGCCAGGAGAUGCGGCAAAGCGUCGCUCUUGCCACGACUCCGCGGACUACCGGGCGCUAUCCCUUCAGGCAUUCCAGUUCCAAGAAGGCCGGGUGUCGAAGUUUAGGGAAAAAGAAUCUCAUGAAGGGACCAUUCCCGAACUGGAGGAGCUUGAUCCCAAAAGUCGGCCGAAGAUGGCAGCGCAGGACCGCCCCGAUUGGUGUCAAAGAUCGCAGAACGGAGAUGACAUGUGGCGAACGCUAAAUUUCUUGCCAAAGAUGCUGCCCGAGAGGAAGGAAAAGUCAUCGUGGAAGGGCAGCGCCGUCGAGGCGAACGGGAUGACGCCUCCGGCACUGGGCCGGGAGAUGCCCAGAAAGUUGUCCGGCACGCCAAAUGAUCACUUGAUCGCAGAUGCGGUGGCCAUCAUCCAGAGGCAGAAGCGAGAUUCGCGGCGGGAGGGUCUUUUUGGGUUGUUCAAAGGCUUGUGA